AUGGUUUUAGACGCAGAGACGCUGAAGGUGUUGUCUGAACUCAGACGUAAACGUGGUGUGGUCAAGGGUGCACUCACCCGUACGUUGAAAUUUAUCAAUAGCUUCGAUCCAAGGACUGAGGCCUUGUCACUGUUAGAAUUUAGGCAAGAAGAGUUACCUCAAAUAAAUAGAAAAUUCGACGAUGUACAAUCAGAGAUAGAACUACUCAAUACUGAGGAUCCGCUUGAGGAAGAGAAGGAAAGAGAAGAGUUUGAAAAAAACUAUUUUGCCGCACGCUCUAAAAUCCAGGAAACUAUAACUAACGAAAGGCGUCAUAAUGCUUCAGGUCAUGAUACUUCACAUAACUCGAAUACGUCAACAAACCAGUCACGAAUACAAUUACCACCAAUAAAAAUUCCGGAGUUCAGCGGGAACAUUCAGGAUUGGGAACCUUUUUUCGACUCUUUCCGAUCUGUGAUACACGAGGAAAAUAGUUUUACAUCGGCUCAUAAAUUUUACUACCUUAGAUCAUAUCUUACUGGUGCAGCUCUAGAUCUAAUCAAAGCGGUCCCCAUGACGGAUGCCAACUAUUAUGUGGUGAUUGAACGGCUUAAGCAAAGAUAUGACAAUAAGAGCCUAACCAUACAGUCUCACAUCAAAUCAUUAUUAGAAUCUCCCCACGUAGAAAAUGCAACCGCAACCGAGCUUCAGCAACUACAUUCACAUGUAUGCACGCAUAUUGCAGCUCUUAAGGCAUUAGAUCAACCUGUGGACAAAUGGGAUGCCUGGCUAAUAACUAUCAUUAGCAUGAGGUUAGACAAGGACACGUUACAUGGAUGGCAACUACAUCAGAGGAAUACACAGCUCCCAAGGUAUGUAGAUCUAGAAGAAUUUCUUGCAGGCCGCUGUGUGGCAAUGGAAACCUCCUACCAAUUUUGUUCCAAACGGGAGGGAACCGACACUAACUCUGUACCUCGUCAGAGGUCAAAAAGAUACAAGAGCAAUAACAACUCUCCAAAAUUGACACUAUUAACCAACAAAAAUGACCGCGAAAAUAAGUGUACUCUCUGCUCGGUGGUAAGAGAUGCAAAACUCUGCUUCAACUGUCUGUCACCGUACCACUCAAAGGAUUAUUGUAAAUCAAAAUAUAGUUGUCAAACAUGUAAGGGCAGGCACAACACCCUACUCCAUCAAGAGAGGAAAUCAGGAUCAACAAGACAGAAGGAGGACGACCUUCCAAGCUCAUCAAAGGAAGAUACCUCGCCGAGCAACAGUCAGAAAGUGUCCAUGCCAGCUCAAGCAACAAGUGAACACGUAUUUUUAGCAACAGUAGUAGUCACCGUAAAGGACAGCAACGGUUCUUAUCACAAGUGUCGAGCCGUCCUGGACAGUGGCUCACAAGUAAACUUUAUUUCAAGGGAGCUUUCGAUAGUUUUAGGAUUAAAACAGAGAACAAACGUCCUACCAAUAUGCGGUAUUGGUACCAGCAAGACUCAAUCGGGUGCAAAUGUACACGUAACCGUAAGUUCCUCCGUCAAGAAAUUUGAUGUCGAAAUAACCUGUCACAUAUUGCCUGUCAUAGUGAAUGACUUAUCUGCUAUACCAACUCCAAGGGAUGGUUGGAACAUUCCUAAUGAAUUUGUACCGUUCCUAGCAGAUCCAACAAUCUGUGAAUCGGGAUCGAUUGACCUUUUAAUUGGAAGUGCCCUUUUCUUCGACUUGAUAGGAACCGAGCGUAUUCCACUUAUCACAGGGAAGCUUUAUCUACAAGAUAGUAAAUUUGGUUGGAUUGUAACUGGAGUAAUCGAUGCAACUUGUCUUUUAAAUAUUGGAGAAACUCUACAGAGAGAUUCGGAUGUCAAUGACAGGACAGAAGAUUCGAUACAUUACGACAACUCUAAGUGUAAUCAGAGGUUCUUGGAAGAUGACAAGGCUCUACAUCAUUUCCAGAACAACACGCGACGCAAUGAAGAAGGUCGGUUCAUUGUUCGAUUACCUAUCAAUAUCUCAACAGACUUGCUCGGUAACACGCUAAUAAUGGCAACCACACGGUUUUUGAGCGUGGAGAGGAGGCUUCAAGGGGAUGACAAGCUAAGAACAGAAUAUACAAGGUUCAUGAAAGAAUAUCUCGAGAUGGGUCACAUGAAAGAAGUUCAAAAUGAAGUUGAGUCGCCGGUCCGAUCUUGUUAUUUACCACACCAUGCGGUACAAAAGGAGUCAAGCUUAACGACUAAAAUUAGGGUUGUAUUUGAUGCCUCAGCAAGGAGCUCUUCCGGAGUAUCGUUAAACGAUAUAUUGAUGCAUGGUCCAACAGUACAAGCAGAUGUCUUCACCAUAUUGGCUAGAUUUAGAAUGCACCAAUAUACAUUGAUGGCUGAUAUCGAAAAAAUGUUUCGACAAGUAGCAAUCGAUGAAAGGGACUGGAACUUGCAGCGAAUUGUAUGGAGAGAUUCACAUACUGAACCAUUAAAAACAUUCAAUCUAACGACUGUAACAUAUGGCAUGAAACCAGCGUCAUUUCUUGCAACACAAUGCCUUGUAACCUUAGCUCAUCUGGUACACAACGAAUAUCCAAGAGCCUCAGAAGUUAUCAAAAAUGAUAUAUACAUGGAUGAUUUGAUGACAGGAGCUGAGACUGAAGAGGAUUGUAUAAAAUUACAACAAGAACUAAACACUAUCUUAAUUUCCGCCAAACUUCCACUACGUAAAUGGUGUUCAAAUUCCACUAAGGUGCUACAACACUUUGGCAAGGGAGAGGCUGAUCCACUAUACACCUUGGAAAUAAAGGAUGGUGACACAGUGAAAUCACUUGGGUUACAGUGGAGACCACAUCAAGAUGAAUUCCAUUUCAACAUAGCCAUGGAUUCAACAAGAUCAAGAUGUACUAAGAGAACUCUCCUUUCCGAUCUAAACCGAGUAUUUGAUCCACUCGGGUUUCUAGCACCUGUGCUACUCAAAGGAAAAAUAUUCAUGCAGCAAAUUUGGGCGUUGAAGGUUGAGUGGGAUAGUCCACUCUCUGCAGACGUUAUAGAGAGAUGGAAAACAUUCAUGCGAGACCUAGAGACAUUAAAGAACAUCUGCAUACCAAGAAAGGUGAUACCAGCCGUCUGCAAUUUUAUCGAGUUUCAUGGCUUUUGCGACGCGUCUGAAGAAGCAUACGGAGCAUGCAUUUACAUAAGAACGAGAGGAACCAACGAAACAUAUCAUGCACAGAUCAUGUGUGCCAAAACUCGUGUAGCGCCGCUAAAGGCAAUGACAAUACCACGUCUUUAG